UAUUCAUUUUCAGCGUUUAUAGUUUACUAGCUCAUAAUUAUUAUCUGCUAUUGCUUUAAAUGCCGACGUCCCUAUUCCCUCGCGUUAGGUGGUGUUGAAGUGUAAUGUAGCUGCGUGUUAUUUGGUCUCACCCGCUCGCUCAGGACAAGUUCGCACGCGCUACAGCGCCACACGACGCACGCGGGGAAUACAUGAGAUCUCUCUUCUGAUUUAUGUAUUUAUUUUUUGGAAAAUGCUGUUUUCAAAAGAAACACCAUGGAGGCGAUUAGAGGGCAUGUCGUUCGGCUUGUUCUCCGCCGAUGAAAUAAGGAAGCUGAGUGUGAAAAGUAUCACUAAUUCCCAGCUGCUGGAUAAUGUGGGCAAUGCCGCCGCUAACGGGCUGUAUGACCUGGCGCUGGGUCCAGCUGAUAACAAGGAGAUCUGCUCCACCUGCAUGCAAGACUACACCAGCUGUCCUGGCCACUUUGGUCUCCUAGAUCUGCCUCUUCCCGUCUACAACCCUAUGUUUUUUGAUAAAUUAUAUUUGCUCAUCCGGGGUUCAUGCCUGGGAUGCCAUAUGUUGAAGUGUCCCAGAACCGCUGUUCAUUUGCUGCUGGGCCAGCUGAAGCUCCUGGACGUGGGUGCGAUGAAGGAGGUGUAUGAGCUUGAGAACGUUCUCAAUCAGUUGCUGGAGGUCGAUGCUAAGCCGUCUGGAAUAGAAAUCCAAGAAGCUCUGGAGGCGUUCAUUACACCCAUUCUUAAAGCCAGUGACGACAAGCAGCAUACUGCCCCUAUCAAACAUAUCUGUGAGAAAAAGUCCAGUCUCAUCAACAGUUUCUGGAGAGUAUACAUGGGCCCGAGGAAAUGUCCGAAUUGCAGAGCCAGUAGAGUGACUGUGCGCAGAGAACACAACAGCAAACUCAUCAUCAUACAUGGAUCAUCCACAGCAAGCACAGAAAAGGAUGAUGAUUCACUGAUUACCAAACGUGGAUUCUUGACACCAAGUUUGCUACGAGAACACGUCAUCAAACUCUGGGAGAAAGAAGGUUUCUUCCUGAAGCAUCUGUUCUCAGGGUUUGACAUGAACAACUCCGAGAAAGGCUUCAGUCCUGAAGUUUUCUUUUUGGAGUUGCUUGUGGUUCCUCCAUGCAGGUACAGGCCUGUUAAUCGUUUGGGAGACCAGAUGUUCACCAACGGACAGACCGUGAACCUCCAGGCCGUGUUAAAGGAUAAUUUCAUCAUUCAGAAACUGCUCGCACUAAUCGCUGCUGAGAAGACCAACGCUACUGAAGAUACACAGACAGAGAUGGAGCAGUCUACAGAGAUCAGUCAGAUAGAUCAGACCUUCUUAACGGGAAUCCAAGGGCUGACUCUCACAGACAAGCUCUAUAACAUGUGGAUCCGCCUGCAGAGUCACGUCAACAUAGUGUUUGACAGCGACAUGGACAAACUGAUGACUGAGAAGUUCCCAGGCAUCCGUCAGCUCUUGGAGAAGAAAGAGGGUUUGUUCAGGAAACACAUGAUGGGAAAGCGCGUGGAUUACGCUGCACGCUCAGUCAUUUGUCCUGAUAUGUACAUCGGAACCAAUGAGAUUGGAAUACCAAUGGUUUUUGCUACCAAGUUGACGUACCCACAGCCGGUGACACCCUGGAAUGUGAAGGAACUCCGGCAGGCAGUGCUGAAUGGACCCAGCAUCCACCCUGGAGCCUCCAUGGUCAUUAAUGAAGACGGGUCUCGAACCAUCCUCAGCAGCAGCAACCUGACCCAGAGAGAAGCCGUGGCCAAACAGCUCCUGACCCCCAGCACCGGCCAGCACAGGAUACCCAUGAAGAUUGUAAAUCGGCACAUCAUUAAUGGGGAUGUGCUGCUGUUAAACCGUCAACCCACUCUCCACAGACCAUCAAUUCAGGCCCACUGUGCUCGCAUCCUGCCCGGAGAGAAAGUGCUCCGACUACAUUAUGCCAACUGUAAGGCCUACAACGCUGACUUUGAUGGUGACGAGAUGAACGCUCACUUCCCUCAGAGCGAGCUGGGCAGAGCUGAAGCCUACACGCUAGUGAGCACAGACCAGCAGUACUUAGUGCCUAAAGAUGGGAAGCCAUUGGCCGGCCUGAUUCAGGACCACAUGGUGUCUGGCGCCAGCAUGACCAUCCGUGGCUGUUUUUUCACACGGGAUCAGUACACUGCACUAGUCUACAGAGGCCUGACAGACAAGAUUGGCAGAGUGAAGCUCCUGCCUCCCGCGCUCUUUAAACCUGUGCCUCUCUGGACAGGAAAGCAGGUGGUGUCGACCCUUUUGCUGAAUGUCAUCCCAGAAAACAGCAUCCCUUUAAACUUGAUGGGAAAAGCAAAGAUUCCCAGUAAAGCCUGGGUGAAGGAACCUCCCAGAGCGGUUCCAGGAUACAAGCCGGAAACUAUGUGUGAAUCUCAGGUGGUCAUUCGUCAGGGAGAGCUCUUGCUGGGAGUUCUAGAUAAAGCCCACUAUGGCAGUUCAGCGUACGGUUUGGUCCACUGCUGCUACGAGCUCUACGGAGGAGAGACCAGCGGCAAACUGCUCAGCUGUCUGGCACGGCUCUUCACUGCCUACCUGCAGCUUUACCGCGGUUUCACCUUGGGUGUGGAAGACAUUCUAGUAAAAGAUGGAGCCAACAAACAGAGAAGGAAAAUUAUCCAAAAGUCAGUCACAUGUGGCUCCAAGGCUCUCCAGGCUGCGUUUAACCUGCUUGCGGCUGCUGGAGACACUGAAGCUAGAGAACGCUGGCAAGACGCACAUCUGAACACAGACCAGAGAGAUUUCAACAUGGUGGACCUGAAGUUUAAAGAGGAGGUCAAUCAAGUGAACAACAACAUCAACAAGGUGUGCAUGCCGCUGGGUCUCCACCGCUCCUUCCCAGAAAACAACCUACAGCUGAUGGUGCAGUCAGGAGCCAAGGGUUCAACUGUAAAUACUAUGCAGAUCUCCUGUUUAUUGGGUCAGAUUGAGCUGGAGGGCCGCCGGCCGCCACUGAUGCCUUCUGGGAAGUCCCUGCCCUGCUUUCAGCCCUAUGAACCUCAGCCGCGAUCCGGAGGAUUCGUAACUGGCAGAUUCUUGACGGGGAUCAAACCUCCUGAGUUCUUUUUCCAUUGUAUGGCUGGUCGUGAAGGUCUUGUGGACACUGCUGUCAAAACCAGUCGAUCUGGUUAUUUGCAGAGACUGCGGAAGAAGAUAACGCGUGUGUGUUUGUCAGAGGUGCUUCACAAAGUGGAUGUGAUAGAAACUUUCCGCUCGGUAGAGAAACGGAGCCAGAAGUCACGUGUUUUCAAACUCACAUUCCACUUCCUGCCCCCAGAGCGAUACCAGCAAGACAAGCUACUCACCCCUAAUGAGAUUCUUCAGUUCAUGGAGCAGAAAUUCUUUCGCAUGCUAUUGGAGGCCAUUAAGAAGCUGAGUGCUAAACUGGCGGCUGUCAAUGUGGUAGAUACGCGCAAAGCCAUGGCGAGUGACAAUGAUCGAGAUGCCGGUGCCAUUGCACACAAAGAGGAUGAUGCCGAUGAGGAAACAGAAAACAACAGGAUUGUGGAUGAUGAGGCGAAUGAAGGCGAUACUGAUGCCACAGAUUCCAGGAGAAAAGAAAAACAAGAAGAGGAGGUAUCAGAAUUCACCCUGUUAAAUGCUCUGCUUGUUCUGGGGAGCAGAAUUGAGUUCUGA